AUGUUACUGGAUUUAUACCAGUUUACAACUUUCUGGUUGCUGUUUCCAAUUUUUACCUACUGUGAAGAAGGUAUUCACAAAACUUUAUAUCCUUCCGUUCCUCUAAAAAUCACUGAAAGUACUUUUCCAAUCGAUAUCAAGUUUGAAUCUAAAUCAGAUGUAAUCUUUGUUAAAUGUCCAUUUGCAACGUAUAAACAUUCAAAAGAUAAAGAUUCUUUUGACCUGAGACCUCCGUCAGAAUUAAAAAAACUGUUGGUUUAUAAUCAAAAUAUGACCUUUGCAUGGAUACCAUUGACAUAUAAGGCAUCAGAAGUUAAUUUAUUUACUUGUGGAUAUCUUUAUAUAGGAUUGGAUAACAGUAGUGUUUUGCAAUAUUCUUGGAAAUUCAAAUUAACCUGGCAAUCUGAACCAAAGCCAUUAGAAAUAGCAAAGCCGGAAAGAAUGUCAAAAAUACUUCCUAUGCCCGAUAUAUGUGGUGAUAAUCGAGAUAAAAUCAUCAGAUAUACCAAAAAUAACCAAGGCAAAAUGAAAAAACUUGAUUUAGAUUAUUAUAAAUUGAUAGAAGCAGAUGAAAUACCUCGAGCCAACAAAUUGUAUUAUUAUUUUGUUGCACCUAGAGAAAAUUCUACAUUGGAAACUGAAGCACCCUGCGCAAUUAUUAGAGCGGUUAAUGAUAGACCAGAAAUAAAAAUUAAUGGACAGGAAUAUCCACUAUCUCCAAAAAAUGAUAAAAUUCAUGUUGUUAAAUUUAAUAGGGAAUCAGAAAUAUUCAAUAUAAAACUAGAGUCGACAAAUCCAGAUGUUAGGGAUUUCUAUGAAGAUGAGAAAAUUUUAAUGAAAGAAAUUAGGUUUACAGAAACAGGGAUUAAAGACAUAUCAAAUUCUGAUAAAAUGAUAAUUAAUCAUUUCACACCAUAUCAAUUUAAAAUAUUAAAGUUUAGUUACAACUAUCCAACACUUGGAAACGAUAAACUUAUAGAAAAAAUUUAUUAUUUUGGACCACAGGUGGAUGAUUAUAGCUUUCCAAAUAAAGAUAUAUUGUAUUUGGCAAAUGAAACGACCAUUCAACCAAAUUGUAGUAUUAAUGGAAUCACAUAUGGAUAUUUUGACUCUAUUACUUUUGGUAAAGUAACUGUUAAACUAAAUGAUUUUAAUGGUAAUAGAAAAGAAAAUUUUGAACGUUCUGGAGAUUAUAUUAUUUUAAAAAAUAUAGAAAACAUUAUAACACCUUUAAGUUGUCAUUACAUAACUCCAACUGGAAAUGUUACCUUGCUUCAAACAUUUAUAAAAGGAAAAAAAGUAUUUAUGGGAAAAAAUGAAAAAGGAGAAGAAGAAUAUAAAUUAAUACCAGUAAGUGAUGGAUCAGAAUAUGAAAAAAUAUUAGCUGAACAAGAUAAAAAGAUAGCAGCUAUGAAAAAAUCAUUUUUUGAAAAACUUAAAGAUAAUAUUGGAGCUGGUGGGGCAUAUGGAAUUAUAAUUGGAAUAAUUUUAAUUAUUUUUUUUAUUAUAACAAUUGCUGCUAUAUUAUGUUACAUUAAAUUAAUAAGACCAAUUAUUAUAAAAAAGAAAAUUAUAAAAACAUAUCCUAAUAUAUUUGAAUUAUGGGAACAAAUAUCAAAACAAGACUUAGAAACGUAUUCUGAAAAUGGUAUAAAAAAAGAAUAUAUUUCAGAUGGUGUACAAAAUUUUGAGUAUAAAAAAAUAGAAGAAGGUGGUGAAGAAAUUUUUUCUGAUACAAUCUCUCUCUUUAAUAAAAAUUUAGUCAACUGUUUUAAAGAUAUUAAUGAAGAAAUAACUGCUUAUUGUAUUAAUAAUAUAUCACCAGAAAGAAAAUAUAUUAUAUCAGAUGGACCAACAAAAGAAAAAAUAAAUUAUUUUUGGGAAUUACUAUAUCGUGAAAAUGUCAAAGUAGUUAUUGCAUUUAUUGAUCAACAAAAUAAUGAUAUUUCAAUUGAUGAUAAAAAUUUUAAUUAUUGGCCAAAAAAGAAAGAAAAAUAUGGAAAUGUAUCUGUUCAAUUUAUAAAAAAUUUAUCAGUAGAUGAAGCAACUCAUUUAUCAAUUACUAAAUUUGAAAUGACUGUAAAUGUAGGAAAACCAAAAGAAUUAACUUUAUUUCAAGUUAACAAUUGGAAUGAACAUGAAAUUCCUAGAUCUGAUCUUUAUCUUACCAAGUUGUAUGAUGUUAUUUCUCCAUACACAGGUGGUAGCAAAAUUCUUAUUCAUUCUCCGCAUCAACCUGACAAUCGUGUAUAUAUAUUUAUGUAUUUUUCUUGUAUUUUUGAAGUUAUGAAAAAAGAUAUAAAUUCUACUAAUCCAAUGAUAAUUAUAAAAAAUAUUCGUGAAAACUUUUAUGGAGGAAGUAUUUCGGCUAUAGAAUAUACAUUUAUCAUUAAAUCUCUUAUUUCAUAUUUUAUGGAAAAACAAAUGCUCAUUGAUUUAAUAAAUCAUGGAUUAUCAUUUACUGAACAAUAUAAUAAUUAUAAAUAUAAAUUUGAUAUUUAUGAAUCAUAUGAAGAUAGUCCUAUUAAAACUUUUAUAAAAUUUGUUGGUUUGAUUGACUAUGGAAAAUUAAGAUAUUUUUAUGAACGAUUUAUUAAAACACAAAUAAUUAAUGAAAAAGUUUUAAACAAAAAAUGUUCCCGUUUUUAUUCUAUUCUUAAAACAGAAAAAAAAAAUAAGAUACGAUAUCCAGAAAUUCCAUGUUUUGAUAGAAAUUCAUUAAAUAUUGGAGAAAAAGAUUCUACUAAUGUUGAAGGAUUUAUUCAUGCUAAUGAAAUGAUUUAUAAAUAUGGUGAAGAAAAAGAAAGAAAAAUUAUUAUGUGUCAGGCACCAUUAAAAGAAACUGUUGAUGAUACAUAUGAUAUAAUUUUUAAAUAUCAGAUUGAAGUAAUAGCAGUUCUUAUUAAUGAAAAUGAAUUAAAAAAAGUAAAUAAAUGUUAUCCUUACUUUUCUUUAAAUCUCAAGGAUAAUAAUUCUAAAAAUUAUUCACUUACAAAUAAAGGUGGUCAACUUGAUAAGAAUAAAUGUUAUUAUGAGUAUGAUUGUAUACUUACUCAAUUAUCUACAAAUAAAACAAAAAGUUUUAAAUUAAUUCAUUAUAUAAAUUGGCCUAAUAAAAAUGUACCUUCUGACAAAAAAUCUUUCAAUGGAUUUUAUAAAAGAUUAAUUGAAUUGAACAAAAAUGAUUAUUUAAUGAUUCAGUGUAGUUCAGGUGUAGGAAGAACUGGUACACUUGCAUUAAUAAUCUAUAUGAUCGAUAUGAUUAAAUUAAAAAAAUCAUUCGAUCCUAUAAAAUGCUUAGAUUAUGUCAGACAACAUCGCUACAAGGCUGUUCAAACUUCAAAUCAAUUUUUCUUUGCUCUAUCUUUUCUUUAUGAGCAUUUCAAAAAUCGGAUAGUUGCUGUAAAUACUGAAAUAUAUGAUAAAUUUAUGAAAUUAGUACAAACAUUACUUGAAGAAGAGAAAAAAACUUUAAAUCAAUAA